GGACCGCGUGGGCUCCCUGGACUGUGUGAACGUGCUCCUGCCCCGGGACGCGGCGCAGCUGCUGCGGGCAGAGGGGCCCUUCCCGCGCAGGAUGGGCAUCGUCGCCUGGAGUGCCCACCGCAGCCUGCGUGCCCACCGCUGCGGGCUCUUCCUGCUGAACGGCCCCGCGUGGCGCUCGGACCGGCUGGCCCUGAACCGGGCCGUGCUGUCCCCGGCCGGUGCCCGCCGGUUCCUGCCGCUGCUGGACUCGGUGGCGCGGGACUUCGCCGAGACCCUGCGGGGCCGCGUGCGCGGGACCCCCGGGGGGGCUCUGACCAUCGACCCCCACCCGCUGCUCUUCCGCUUCACCCUCGAGGCCAGCAGCUACGCCCUGUACGGGGAGCGCCUGGGGCUGCUGGGGGGGGGCUCAGCGGCGGGGGGGGCGCAGGAGUUUUUGGGGGCGCUGGAGGAGAUGCUGAGCACCACGCUGCCCCUGCUCUUCCUGCCCCCCCCGCUGCUGCGCCUGCACCCCCCGCUCUGGCAGCGCCACCUGCGCGCCUGGGACACCAUCUUCCGGCACGCUGACGAGAGCAUCCAGCGGCUGUACCGGGAGUUCUGCCGGGGGGGGGUCCCCGGGGGGGGGGUCCUGGCGGAGCUGCUGCUGCAGGGGCAGCUCCCCCUGCCCUCCAUCAAGGCCAACGUCACCGAGUUCACCGCGGGCGGCGUGGACACCACGGCGAUCCCGCUGCUGUUCACGCUGUUCGAGCUGGGCCGGAACCCGGGGGUGCAGCGGGCGCUGCGGGAGGAGCUGCGGGCGGCCGGGGGGGUCCCCGGGGGGGGAGGGGGCGGCCCCGGGGGGGGCUCGGGGGGGUCGCGACCCCUGCCCGAGCUCCUGGGGGCGCUCCCGCUGCUGAAAGCGGCCAUCAAAGAGACCCUGAGGCUGUACCCCGUGGGCAUCACCGUGCAGCGCUACCCGGCCACCGACGUGGUGCUCCACAACUACCGCGUGCCGGCGGGGACCCUGUGCCAGGUGGCGCUCUACGCCAUGGGGCGCUGCCCCGACGUCUUCCCGCAGCCCGAGCGCUACGACCCGCGCCGCUGGCUGGGCAAGGACGACACCACCUUCAAGGCCUUGGCCUUCGGCUUCGGCGCGCGCCAGUGCAUCGGGCGGCGCCUGGCCGAGGCCGAGAUGAUGCUGUUCCUCGUGCACGUGAGUGGGGCACCCCACAGCGCCCCCCGUGCCAGGGCUGGGGGGGCUGGGACCCUCUGGGUGGGUGGGGGUCGUCAAAGGUCUUGGGGUGACCCAACGAGGUCUUGGUGUGACUCAAUGGUCUGGGGGGAUUCAAGGAGGGCUUGGAUGAGCCGAAGGUCUUGGCUUGACCCAAGGUCUUGGCUUGACCCUACGAGGUCUUGGCUUGACCCAAAGUCUUGGCUUGACCCAACGAGGUCUUGGUUUGACUCAAUGGCUUGGGGGGAUUCAAGGAGGGCUUGGUUUGAUCCAAUGAGCUCUUGGAUUGACCCAAAGUCUUGGCUUGACCCAACGAGGUCUUGGUGUGACCCAACGAGGUCUUGGAUGAGCUGAAGGUCUUGGUUUGACCAAGUGAGGUCUUGGCUUGACCCAAAGUCUUGGCUUGACCCAACGAGGUCUUGGCUUGACCCAACGAGGUCUUGGUGUGACUCAACAACUUGCGGGGAUUCAAGGAGGGCUUGGUUUGAUCCAACGAGGUCUUGGAUGAGCCGAAAGUCUUGGCUUGACCCAACGAGGUCUUGGCUUGACCCAACGAGGUCUUGGCUUGACCCAACAAAGUCUUGGCUUGACCCAAAGUCUUGACCCAACGAGGUCUUGGUUUGACUCAAUGGUCUGGAGGGAUUCAAGGAGGGCUUGGUUUGAUCCAAUGAGGUCUUGGCUUGACCCAAAGUCUUGAAUUGAUCCAACGAGGUCUUGGCUUGACCCAAAGUCUUGGCUUGACCCAACGAGGUCUUGGUUUGACUCAAUGGCUUGGGGGGAUUCAAGGAGGGCUUGGUUUGAUCCAAUGAGCUCUUGGAUUGACCCAAAGUCUUGGCUUGACCCAACGAGGUCUUGGUGUGACCCAACGAGGUCUUGGACGAGCUGAAGGUCUUGGCUUGACCCAAAGUGAGGUCUUGGCUUGACCCAAAGUCUUGGUUUGACCCAACGAGGUCUUGGAUGGGCCAAUGAGGUCUUGACUUGAGCCAACGAGGUCUUGGCUUGACCCAACCACGUCUUGGCUUGACACAAAAUGUUCUUGGCAUGACUCAAACCAUCUCAUUUUGACCCA